AUAAAGCAGAGAAGAAUAAGAAAAUGGGUGUGUUCAGUACAGUGCUGCUGUGCCUUAUGUCCCUAAUGUGGAUGGUGGAUGCUCGAAUUCCAGGCGUAUACUCUGGCGGCGCUUGGCAAAAUGCUCACGCUACGUUCUACGGAGGAUCCGAUGCUUCCGGCACCAUGGGUGGAGCAUGUGGGUACGGGAACCUGUACAGCCAAGGGUACGGAGUGAACACUGCAGCGUUGAGCACGGCGCUCUUCAACAGCGGGCUGAGCUGCGGAGCGUGCUUCGAGAUCAAAUGCGCAAACGACAAGCAGUGGUGUCACUCCGGCAGCCCUUCCAUCUUCAUCACCGCCACCAACUUCUGUCCCCCUAACUACGCUCUUCCAAACGACAAUGGCGGCUGGUGCAACCCUCCUCGCCCUCACUUCGACCUCGCCAUGCCCAUGUUCCUUAAAAUCGCCGAAUACCGCGCCGGCAUCGUGCCUGUCGCCUUCCGCAGGGUGGCAUGUAGGAAGCAUGGUGGGAUCAGGUUCACAAUAAACGGUUUCCGUUACUUUAACCUGGUUUUGAUCAGCAACGUAGCGGGUGCAGGGGAUAUCGUGCACGCCUACGUUAAGGGAUCACGAACGGGGUGGAUGCCAAUGAGCAGAAACUGGGGACAGAACUGGCAGUCAAACGCCGUUUUGGUGGGUCAGGCUUUGUCCUUCAGAGUCACCGCCAGUGACCGUCGCUCUUCCACCUCUUGGAACAUUGUUCCAUCAAAUUGGCAAUUUGGUCAAACUUUCACUGGAAAGAACUUCCGUGUCUGAACACCCCCUUUACUUUCUUAAGAUAUAUAAAAUACAAGUUUAUUUUCUUUUUCUUUGGGUUCCCACCAUUUAUCUAUUUCCUGAUCUUUUUUACUGCAGAGGAAGAAACAAAAAAAUAGUCAGUGACAAGUUUUUUUACUUUUGCUUCUCAUUGGUGGGUUUCAUUUUUUUAAUUAAUGUAUAAUUGAUGAUUCCCGGGUGAAGUUUUGCGUUCCGAUUAGUGUAGGAAAUGCUGAAGCGGCUAAGCAAAAAGGGUAGCCCGCGGCUAAAUUUUACAGAAUGAUGCUAUUGUAUUAACUAAUAUAUAUUGUUCCGUCAUGGAUCUAGGAAGCGUGCUUUACUUUACGCAAAAGCUCAGAUGGGAACAGUAUUUGGUUUGUUUGGGUGGGGUGUAUAAUGUUUGUCGGAAAAACCCAGCUGCAGACUUGUCUGGGAUUUAAUGCGUGUUUGUCAAAAA